AUGCAGUCUAGGACCGAAGACGCGCAACGCUUGCUGGUUUACAUCAAUGGCACCCCCUACGUCGCCUCACCCGUACACCCGCAAGAUCUCGGACCGCUCCAGCAAGUUUUCAUGCCCCUGUCUUUGCAGCCGCCCCAGCAGCAACAACAGCAGCAGGAUGCGAUGCCUGCGAACUACAUUCUCGCCGCUGUCCCUCAUAACGCUGGACCAGCCGGUGUGACCCUCGUGCCCACCACACCGCCCAGUCGUGUCAUGCAACAGGGCGCCCUCACGUCCUCGCAGGUCUUCGUGCUCCACCCCGGGCAAACGCUGAUGCCAGUCCACGCCAGUGUGCCACGAGUGGCCGAUCCAGAUGGCGGUCAGCCGCCCUCGUAUCGCGCCGUGGAGCCCGUUGGGGCGGACGCGCUAUCGGGUUUGUGUUUCGCAGCGUUGCCGCCUUCAUCGUUAGGCGCAGCAUCCACAUCCGGGUCAUCCGCCUCCGCAACGGGACCCGACACCUCUCUCCCUUCUCUUCCGUCCACCGCACGCCAGAGCGGCGAUCAGUGUCUGCGGCGCCUCAGCAUCCACCAACGCGGUGCCGCUCGUCUUUUUGUCGGUCAAAUUCACUACGACGCCACCGAAGAUGACCUCUACCAAAUAUUUACCGUUUACGGGCACGUGUUGGAUGUUAAGAUCAUCCGCAGCGGGGACACGGGUGCGCCGGCGGCAGCAGCAACAACUGCGGCCACCGUUGGCGCUGUCAUCCUGCGCCCCGACCCUUGCAACGUCAGCACGUAUUUGAACCCACCGCUGUCAGGCAGCGGCAGCUAUCGCAUCGGCAGCCUAUCGUCGUCGGGGCUGCCUCCGACUGCUCCCCCGAUGCUCAGCACGGCAGUGCUCACCGCGACCACUGCACCGGCCGUUCAUCCGCCGACAACGCCGAACAGUACUGGCAGCAAUCCCACGCUGUCUCCUCAAAAAGCAAACCGCCGCUGCAGCGCCUUUGUGACUUUCUCUUCAAUGAUCGAGGCGGAUACGGCGAUCAGCGCCUUGCAUGGCUGGUACGUGAUGGGUCGUGAUCGGCCGCUGCAGGUGACGUACUGUCAGGCGACGGAGAACAUCUCGCAAUUUGGCUUUGCGCACGCCGUGCGUCUGCACAAGGAGAACACGAACAAUCCGAUGCCAUUGAAGUCCGGCACCCCGACACACCGCUGA